GAAAAGCCAACCAGGGACAUUCGACACCGAUCUGCUGUAUCGAAGAAGCGCAAACAAGUGCGUCGAAAGGCCAGCAAGCGCCCGGUCUUCAACGAACUUGACAAUAUCUACCGCGCAAAGCCGUAUCAGCCAAAGAUGCUUGCCCCGAACGCUUUCCCUGAGAAGGGCGGUGCGACAGAAUGGAGCGAGAAUCUGAACAUGUCCCUGAUCUGCAAGGACUGUAGAGAAGAUCCUCCUAAUCUCGUCGAAGAGUUCUCUUCUGGUGAUAUGGUCUGUGCUUCCUGUGGCUUGGUCCUCGGUGAUCGCAUCGUCGACACUCGCUCUGAAUGGCGUACCUUCUCCAACGAUGAUCAAGGCAACGAUGACCCAUCCCGUGUUGGUGAUGGCGCAAAUCCCCUUCUCAAUGGUUCUCAACUUCAAACCACGAUCGCUUUCGGGGAUGGCAGUGCUCGCAGCCGCGACCUGCUCCGCGCUCAAGGCAAAUCUUCCACUGACAAGGCUAGCAAGGUCCUUCUGGCUGCAUACAAGGAGAUCGGUGCUCAUUGCGACGCCGUUAAUAUCCCUAAGAAUGUUUCUGACACCGCCAAGCACCUCUUCAAGCUGGUCGAAGACGCCAAGGCAUUCAAAGGCAAAGCUCAAGAGGCUAUCAUUGCCGGCUGUAUCUUCAUUGCUUGCCGCCAGUGCAAAGUUCCCCGUACUUUCAGAGAGAUCUACGCAUUGACCAAAGUUUCGAAGAAGGAUAUUGGCCGAACUUUCAAGUCUUUGGAGAAGUUCUUUGCGGCAGACAGUGCUAAGGGUGCUUUGGCAGGUGGUCCUGGCGCGCUUCCAUCUGCAGAGACAUAUCAAACCACUACCUCUACCGGUGCCAGCGACCUGUGCGUCCGUUAUUGCAGUCAACUUGGUCUUAAUCGUCAAAUCUUCGUCAAGGUCUCGCAAGGACUCGCUGAUAAGAUGUCAACCGUUGGUGACCUCGCUGGUCGCUCUCCUCUGUCCGUUGCUGCCGCAUGCAUCUACAUGGCCUCAUACCUACUUGGCAAGCCAAAGACGCCGAAGGAAAUCUCUCUCGUCGCUGGUGUCAGUGAUGGUACCAUCCGUACUGCAUACAAGCACUUGUAUCAAGAGCGAGACAGAUUGAUUGAGGAUGAGUGGAUUGCUGAUGGCAAGGGCAACAAGGCUGAUCUCCCAGUUGGCUGAAUGGGUGAUACCAUAUGCCUGACUCGGUCGAUUCAUACAUGACGUACGACGACUGGGGAUUAUUGUUGGUCUACAUCUAUCUGCGAUUCUGCUUCUGACACUGCGUUUUGAUCGUUGCUUUGCGGCCUGAUCAUUCAUUGCAUUGAUUUAGCAGGACGAGACUGAACUGAGGUGUUCUUGUCAUGAUGGCUAAUGACCUCUCGAGCAAGUUGAGAUUACUCUCUU